CUUUUAGCUUUUGUAAGUUACACGUCAAAAUGGCCGAUCUGACAUCGGUGCUCACUUCUGUUAUGUUUUCUCCCUCUAGUAAAAUGUUUAUCGGUGGACUGAGCUGGCAGACUUCACCAGAUAGCCUUAGAGACUAUUUUAGCAAAUUUGGAGAAAUUAGAGAAUGUAUGGUCAUGAGAGACCCCACUACGAAACGCUCCAGAGGCUUCGGUUUCGUCACGUUUGCAGACCCAGCAAGUGUAGAUAAAGUAUUAGGUCAACCCCACCAUGAGUUAGAUUCCAAGACGAUUGACCCUAAAGUUGCAUUUCCUCGGCGAGCACAACCCAAGAUGGUCACAAGAACAAAGAAAAUAUUUGUAGGCGGAUUAUCUGCAAACACAGUAGUGGAAGACGUAAAGCAAUAUUUCGAGCAGUUUGGCAAGGUAGAGGAUGCGAUGCUGAUGUUUGAUAAGACCACCAACAGGCACAGAGGGUUUGGCUUUGUCACUUUUGAGAAUGAAGACGUGGUGGAAAAAGUCUGUGAGAUUCAUUUCCAUGAAAUCAAUAAUAAAAUGGUAGAAUGUAAGAAAGCUCAGCCGAAAGAAGUCAUGUUCCCACCUGGGACAAGAGGCCGGGCCCGGGGACUGCCUUACACCAUGGAUGCGUUCAUGCUCGGCAUGGGGAUGCUAGGCUACCCCAACUUUGUGGCAACCUAUGGCCGUGGCUACCCCGGAUUUGCUCCCAGCUACGGCUAUCAGUUCCCAGGCUUCCCGGCGGCGGCUUACGGACCAGUGGCGGCAGCAGCAGUGGCAGCAGCGAGAGGAUCAGGCUCCAACCCGGCGCGGCCCGGAGGCUUCCCGGGGGCCAACAGCCCAGGACCUGUCGCCGAUCUCUAUGGCCCUGCCAGCCAGGACUCCGGAGUGGGGAAUUACAUAAGUGCAGCCAGCCCACAGCCGGGCUCGGGCUUUGGCCACGGCAUAGCUGGACCUUUGAUUGCAACGGCCUUUACAAAUGGAUACCAUUGAGCAGGUGCUUUCGUUACCAUCUUACUCUGAGAGCAUACCUGGAUGUCCAGGCAAGACUGGGCGAAGUUUCUGAGUGGCCCUUUGUUUAGGUGAUGUCAUCAGACCUGGACCCCCCACCAGCCUCACUUCCAUCCCAACCAGAGAUGGCUCACUUUGGAUGGAGGGUUGAUUCCAUCUCAUCAUCUCACGAAUCUGCUGUAAUAUAAGACAACAGCUUUUAAAUGUGUAUAUAACUCAUGAUUUUGGUUUUCAUUUUGUUUUGUUUUGUUUCUUGAUGGUUCCUCUCCCCCUUCUCUCUUCCCCAUCUCCUGUUAAAUCUCUUUGAAUCACAUUUGGUAGUGAUUUUUGACUUAGUCAGUAGUCCUAUAGCUUUAAUAUCUAGUUGAAAGCUAACCAUAGUGUAACUGUUAUAUUAAGGAAUUAUUUUUUUUCUUUAAAAAAUUUAUUAUUAUUAUUUUUGCUUGUUUGAUUCUGUUCUCACUUUUAAAGUAUGCUGAGAUGGUAAUAUUACUCUCGAUAUUUUGGUACCAAUUCUGAGACUGUAUGAAUUUUCAGGUGGAAAUUAGCACACACUGAAUUGAAGUUGAGGAACGCAGAGUGGGCGGUGAACACAGCCUGUCUCCUUUGCGUUGUAGAAGUGAGAUGUAGUAGGCUAAUGAACAGACUCUAGCAAUUCCUUUUGUGAUGUCUCUCUGUUAACCUAAGUAUAUCUAUUUUCGGCAAUAAGGUAAGGACGACAAUGUUUUGAGUGUCCUCCUUUUCUAUAAGUGCUUUUUUUCUGUUGAAAG